GAUUGGUCGACUGUGCUCAUACUAUCAGCAACAAGACAGCAUCAUGGCGGACCAAGGAAUGAACUGGCCGUUUUCAUCGGACCCUUUACCCGAUUUAAAACACCAUUUAAUGCCAAGUGAAACGCUCGAAAAUGAUGUAUUAGACAACUUAGAUGAUCUCACACAGUAUAUCCAACAAGAUACUAAAUUGGACAAUUUCACUAUUCUGGACGAUUCACUCAACUUGCCCAGUGACAGUGUACUCAAUACUGAUCAAACUUCUAUGCUAACAGAUGAUCUCAACUUUGAUGAUUUGGUCAAUUAUGCCAAUAAUCCAGUCCUCUCUCAAACACAAGUGAAGCAGGAAGUACCUGCUCGAAUCCAGCCACAGACGUUGACUGCACCCCAAACAACCUCACCAACAACAACAACUCUAAAUACAACAUUAUUGAACAGUUAUUUACAACAACAGCAGCAGCAGCAGCAGCAACAACAGCAGCAAGAAGAACAGCAGAGGUUAGCAUUACAGAAGCUGUUACAGCAGUUAACACAACCACGUGUUGCCCAAACUCAAAUCACACCCUCAGAUCAGCUGAACUUGAAGCAGCUCCUGACCCCUCAGGUUCAGAUCCAGACCCCGUCCCCACCCCCACAGGUUCAAUCUCAGCCCCAGAUUGUACAGCCCCAGCAGCUUGGUACUAUCAACACGCAGCAACUGAGCAGUAUAAAUACACAGCAGCUUCAACAGUUAUUACUUCAAUCUGGUGUCCAAGUGAAGACAGAGGCGGCUGAACAAGCAUGCGUCGUAGCAAGCCCUCCUCCUGCUGCCACGCAGACACCAACUGUCGUAUUAACCACACAGGCUUUAAGCUCAAUAAACACAUCAAUCACAUCUUCUCCGGUACAAGCGCUGGUCACCAAUGGCAACGCGAUGUCCCUGACAAGUAUCCCAAUACAGGUCGUUCAGCCGGACAAGCUUCCAAUCGAUCGACUCCCCUCUGAUAGCAUGGACGAUACGCCACCCAAGCCAGCAAAGGGAGAAAAGAGAACGGCCCAUAAUGCAAUAGAAAAACGCUAUCGAUUAAGCAUCAAUGAUAAGAUCAUGGAGCUGAAAGAUCUCAUUGUGGGCACAGAAGCAAAGUUGAACAAGUCAGCUAUUUUACGCAAGGCUGUUGAAUACAUUCGCUUCUUACAAUCCACAAACCAGAGGCUGAAGCAAGAAAAUCUUGUGCUGAAAAUGCACUUACAGAAAAACAAGAACGUCAAUAUUGAAGAUCUUUUGCUUGGCGAUAAAGUGAAGACAGAAAUAAAUGACCUGACACCCCCAGGCUCUGUGUCCCCACCCCCCUCAUCCAUGAGCCCUCGGUCUAUGAGCGACGGAGAAGGCAGCUCCAGUACAGGAUCUAUGAGCCCCAGAUUUGAUGAAAUAUCUCCCAACAAAACCAAGGAGGCAUUUAGCUUCACCAACUAUGGAAUGGUGGACCGUUCUAGGAUGGCCCUCUGUGCCUUCAUGUUUGGCAUUCUAAUGUUCAAUCCAUUUAGUAUGCUGUUUGGACACCAGAUGGCGCUAGGGACCUCUGACGAUUACGGGCAUGGGCAUGCUAGCGGAAGAACAUUGAACUCCUACGAUGAAGAUGUGAGUGAACUGCAAAGCUGGACUAACUGGCUAAUUCCAAGUGUAUCAGUAUGGGCCUUGAAUGCCGUAGUCAUCAUUGCGGUACUUACAAAGCUGUUGGUGUAUGGGGAGCCUGUCACGAAAGCUCUCUCUGAUGCCUCUGUCAUAUACUGGCGUCAUAAGAAGCAGGCUGACGCUGACUGUGUGAGGGGUGAAUACACAAAUGCUGCAAACAAUCUACGACGAUGUCUCCAAGCACUCGGGCGCCCUCUACCAACAUCAAAGUUUGACUUAUUUGCUAGCCUCCUUUGGCAAUCGUUCCGUCAGAUCUUGCAUCGUUUACACAUUGCUCAUUGGAUGACGGGGAAAGCUGGUAUGCUUCGCUAUGACAACAUAAAGGCGACAGACAUACAGACAUCGGCACACGAUGCAGCCGUUGUGUAUAAUAAGCUGAAUCAUUUAUACAUGACUGAUAAGGUAGCUGGUACAGACUACAGCAGCAUGAACCUUGCUCUGUGUGCUGUCAACCUUGGAGAGACAGCAGGCCCUGCUAUGGACAAACAGACACUGACAGAUAUCUAUGCCACGGCUGCCCUCAGUGUUAAGACGUACUUCCCAGACAGGCUGCAGUUCUUAGCAAGAUUCUUCUUGAGUAAGGCAAGGCGUGUCUGCAUUUCUUCUACAAGCACCGCCCACUCCCUCCAAUGGUUAUGCCAUCCCCUGGGACAUCGCUUCUUUGUGGAUAAUAAACUCACAGUGCAAGAACGGGACUCCAUCUUCAGUAAAAUUUCUGAUGAGACCAACCCAUUGGCUUACAUUGCGAGAGACUUCCGGGAUCAUCUCCUCAAGAAGGCGGUCUACACACUUGUGACACCAGGGUAUAAUAGUGAGGGGGAAACUGUCACAGUAAGUGGGCCCCACACAGCUGAGGUUCUUCAGUUUGUGCAACUAUUGGACGAAUGUGCUAGCAACGCUGGUAUGAUGACCACAACCUCAUUGACGUCUCUACAGGGGUUGGAUGAUGUUUCAAAAUGGUGGUGUAAUGUCAUUGCUGUGGCUUCCUAUUGGCUGAAUGGUGAUGAUGCCGCAGCGGAGAAGUUGUACGGAGCCGUGGAAAGUUUUCCAAAGUAUCUUCAGGCUACUGAAAAUCCUUUGCCAAGAAGUGUCUACAUCGCAUUCAAGGCUCGCAAGAACCUGCUCGGUGGAUGCAAGGGAUCGUGCCAUUACAACUGUAUUAAACAGUGCAACAGAGCUGGGGAACUGUUAAGAGACAGCCUCAAUAUGUCCGGCAACAAACAGUAUGCAGAAAUCACACAGGCAAUUGAGCUGCUUGCCUGUGAUUGGCUGCUGAACACACGUACAGGGGUGUGGCAGAAGGAGUCUGGGGCAGGAGAGGAUGUCAUGAUGACACUCUCACAGAGGGAGCUCAUAGCCUUCCAGGCUGACCUCACAAGCCUAAGAAAACUUUCGCAAAAACUUAAAGCUGCAUUACCAAAGGUAUUCUUGCAUGAGGCCACUGCGAGAUUAAUGGCAGGAGCAAGUCCAGCAAGAACCCAACAACUCCUCGAUAGGAGCUUGCGUAGAAGGCACACCCCAGCCAACAAUGAAAAAGAUAAUGCUAGUGAAGACAAAAUGGGUGAACGUGAAUAUGCGAAUGCCUUGUUACUUGCCUGCAAACAUCUUCCCACACAAUUGCUAUCGGCUCCAGGACAGCGUGCGGGAAUGCUCACAGAGGCGUCAAAGACAUACGAGAAAUUAGGCGACAAAAAAGGAAUUCAAAGUUGCCAUCAAAUGAUGAUGAAAUAUGGCGGAAAUGUGCAAAAUGUCGGACCAACUCUUGUUAAAUGCUAAUUUGGAGUGGGUAACGAAUUUUGGACCACCACCCCUAAGAUGGCUGAAGAUCUUACACUUACCCUUCAAGGAAUUUGAUUGGUUUCUUGGAGCAUCUGUGGCCAUGUUCGUGACAUAAACAUCUUUAGUUGCAGUGUAUUGGUGCUCUCCCAAUUUGGAACUGUUGAGAGGUUGAAAUGCUUGAAGGACCUUAUUAUUGAACUUUAUUAUCCGUAGAAAUGAUUUAGAGUAUGAGGAU